UGCUGGUUAGUCAGUCAGUCAGCAGCCAGACAGGAUGGAGUUCACACCACUCUGCUUCAUGCUCUGUGUCUACUGCUCCAUCCUCUCACCUGUCUGCUGCUUCUCCCUGAGGAUCAGUCCCAGCAAAUCUCAGUUCUUCAGGUAUGAGUCUGUCUUCCUGAUCUGUGAGGAUCAGGGGAGCUCUGCUGGAGGGAGGGUGAGGAGGAACACCACAGCCAGAGAGCUUUUAGAGUGUGGAGCACCACGCUGGGGGAGGUUAGAAGGCUCUUCCUGCAUCAUCAGUGGUGUGACCCCAUCAGACAGUGGAGUGUACUUGUGUGAGUCUGGCUCAGGAGAACACAGCCAUGCUGUCAACAUCACAGUACAUGAUGGAGCUGUGAUCCUGGAGAGUCCUGUCCUCCCUGUGAACCAGGGACAAGCUGUGACUCUACGCUGUAGAUGCCAGACACCUCCCUCUAACCUCACAGCUGCCUUCUACAAGGAUGGAUCUCUGGUCAGGACUGAGGCUGCAGGAGAGAUGACCAUCCCUGCUGUGUCUACAUCUGAUGCAGGGUUGUACAAGUGCAGGAACUCUGAGCUGGGAGGAUCUCCAGAGAGCUGGCUGGCUGUGAGAGCCCUCCCUUCCCUUCCUCCCUCCCCCUCUCUCCUUCCCACCUCCCCCUCCCUUCCUGUGGUGGUCUCUCUGCUGGUGGCUGGUCUCUCUGUCUCUCUGGUCUCUCUGCUGGUGGUGCUGCUCCUCUGGAAGAGACGUAAAGAGAGACCCCCUCCAGCAGCAGAGUCUGUCUACUCAGCAGUGAGGACAGACACUGGUUCAGCAGGAGCCAGUGGUGACGUGACCUACUCUGACAUCAACCUCAGACACCAAACACCACAGAAGAAGAGAGAGAAGCCCCUCCCCCCAGAACCUGGUGUCAUCUACUCCUCAGUGAGACCAGGCUGAGCUGCAGCCUCUGUCUACAGGCCCCCCAACCUGUGCCCCUCACCUUUAAGACCAUCUUGUUCAGAACAGAGGGUGUACUGAUCAAAAGCAGGGUUAUUUGUAGAUGUGGAAGAAUGCUCUCGUUUAGCUGCGGUAGACCGCUCUCUCUGUCCUAGCACUCUGCUGGCAUGCAAACUGCUCUUUACUGCAAGGCAGAGGUUGGAACUGACGCACAAAGUAGCUCAUCGAAACUCUGCCGUUUGACCGCCUGCUGGAACAAACAACCCCUGUGUGUCAGUUUGAGGUGAAGCGCUGUGUUUCUGCUGAUCAGAACUGUGGGAAAGAGCCUCUCUACUUGUCCACUCACAGACACGCCAGCCAGUAAGAUGACAUCUAACAGCCAAGACAAGGAUGGACUUUCUAACUGGAACUGUGACCUGAACAGCUUUCAGCUGUAGUGACCCGGACGUGUGUUGUCAUUGUGGCUGUUGUUUGCAGACUAGUAAACAUAUCCCUGAUGAACAGGCCUGUUGUUGUUUACAGAGUAGUAAAUGUGUCACUGAUGAAGAGGCCUGUUGGAGACUGUACCUGUAAUAACUUUAACCUGUCUUGUUGUUGAUUUAAUAUCAGCUUAUUUUGUCUGGUCGUGUCUUCCUGCUUGUUUACUUGCUGUAGCACCACCUGUAGCAUCACCUGUAGAGUGGUGACCUAAUAAAAGG